CCAGACAGAGAGGUAGCUGCUGGGACUGUGGACCAAACAUGUGUGGAGCAGCAGAGCCUGCAAACAGAGACACACCUGGAGGGGAGUACGAAGACAGUUCUCAGCCUCAGAGUGAUGAAGAAGAGCUUGAGCCUCCGUUGCCGCUGAGAUCUGAUGACGAGUUGCAACACUACAGUCCCUUUUUACCUCCUCACCACUAUACACACAACUAUGGCCUUCAUCACACUAUGGAUGUCCGGUAUUAUCACUCUGCAGGGGAAGGGCAGUAUGACCUCAGAUACCAACCUCAGCCUGGCCCCCCCUCUGCUUCCAUCCAGCACAGAAGACCCUGUGAUUACUCCCCAACGUGGCACCAACGUCAUGAUAACUGUUUGAGUGACAGUGUGGCACAGGCAGGCGUCUCGGUUAACGUGCCGCAGUUCUCCAUCCCCCCUGUCGAGGGCGUGUCACAGGUCAGUGUGAUGAACCUGAGCUCUGCUGGAGCUGAGGCACCUGUGACACAUCCACAUGAGAGAAGAAGAACCAUCAGUCUGCCUGAUGAGUGCCGAAACAUUUUUAUAACGUAUUCUUCAGACGUGCGCUCAGAAAUGGUUCCUUUCGUAGACUUCCUCACAAAGCAAGGUUUUCGUCCAGCUAUCGACCUAUUUGAAGACCCUAUAAGAAGCCUGGACAUCAACAAGUUGAAAGACAUUUACUUAAAAGACCCAUCCUACCUGAUUAUCAUCGCCAUCAGUCCAAAGUAUAAAGCGGACAUCGAAGGGUUGGUAGUGGACGAUCUCGGCCUUCACACUAAAUAUAUUCACUCCAUGAUGCAGAAUGAAUUCAUCCAACAAGGCAGCUUGAAUUUUAGAUUCAUACCAGUUCUCUUCCUCAGUGCCUCCCAGAAGCACGUCCCCUGUUGGCUUCAGAACACACGUGUUUACCGCUGGCCACACGACACUGAGGAUUUGUUACUGCGACUGCUGAGGGAGGAGAGAUACGUUCCUCCGCCUGUUCCGAUGGAGCUCACCCUCAUCGUCAGGCCUGUGGCCCUGAGUGCCGCAGCGACACUGUGA